AUGCUGAAUAAUUUUCAAGGAUUGAAUAGGAUUGAGCGCAUUAACUACUUGCUUGCCUUAAAUCAUGGAACAAGUGAGGUUCGAAAACAAUGGGCGAUUCAAGCCAUUCAAUACCUUCAAUCCGUUGGCUUCACUUCAUCACCUCAUUGGAACAGAUUCGUACACAACAGUGGACUACCACCCACAAAAUGCUUUCAAUUAAAAAGACACCCAGCUGAUGAGGAAGAAACCUUUCUACAAAAGGUAAUCUCGCACAAAUUUACUGAAGCAUUAUUCAUGCUUGAAAGUAAGGAGAUGGACAAGGUGGAACAUUACCAAAAUGCUGAAAAAGCAAUUCAAUUACUGAUACGAUCCAAAGAUUAUAAAAAUGCUGAAGAUUUAGAAUACAGAAUUCGGGGACGUCACCCAGAUCUUCAUAAGGAACUUCCAGAGGGUGAACUAAGUGCUUAUAGGAGGAUUCAUUUACUAGGGUGUGCUUGUCUUUUUAUUGAGGAAAAAUACUUCGAUUGCUGUCAUACUUUCUUCAACUAUCUUAAUCGUGAUUUAGGAGUCAUUGAAGUUUUGUCAGAAAAUCAAUAUGAUCCAUUUAUCUCAAAUGAAGAAAUUUUGUUAAUGGUCACUAUUUCUGUAUUAGUAUCCAUCCCGCUGGAUAAUUAUGACAAUUUCAUUUAUUUGGAAAAUAUGUCAUACUUUUUUGAUAUUUGUCCUUUACUACUGAAAUGCUUAAAACUAUUAAUAAAGACCAAGUUUCAAAGUUUCUUUCAAAUUUGGCAUACUGUCAUAAACCCUAAAUGUCAAGAGAGCCCGUUUCUUCAUUAUGGCUGGUCUGAAGCCAAAUCUAUGAUGCGUUCCAAAAUUUAUUUUUUCUAUUUGAGAAUUUCUAAGAGACUAGAAGUUAGUUAUCUAUCCAACAUAUUGGGAAUCGAAGAGGCACUUGUUAGGGAAGAAAUUGCAAAAUUAAUAUAUUCAGCAAAGUUAAAUUUUUGUAUUAAAGAUGAUAUCGUGUUUUAUAAAUCGAGCCAUGUAUUAGCGGAUGCUGCUGAAGGUAUAAAAAGGAAUAAAUUGCUUAUUGAUAACCUUGUAACUAGUGAAAGGUCGAAUAAUAAAACGUUACGAGAAGAAUUGGAAAAUAUUAAAUCGAGGCUUGCAGACUCCACCCUACUGGCAAAUUCAUUGCUUACUCAUUCUAAUGAGCACAUGGACUUCGAUGAAAUUACUAAUUUUAGUGAUGAUGAAAGUCUUUCUUUAGAAUAUGAAAAUGAUUAG